AUGUCUGAAUUUUUGAUAUAAGAAAUUUUAGAAGCCAGUGGAUUUUAGACAAAUGAUUAAAAUUGCUAUAAAUUAAUAGGUUUGAGUGCUCUUAAAUUAAAGCUCAUCUAACUGAUAAAUGGAUGAUUGAAAUGACAGAUUCCAUGGUUUAAAAAUUAAUCUAAGAUAGAAUUAGAAAAAAAGAAAAAGAUCCUGAUGAAAAACUUUAAUUAACAACUAAUGAUAUUGUAAAUGAAUUAGAUUAAAGAGGAUUGAAAUUACAUAAUCCAUAUCAAUAUCCUGAAAUAGAUGCUCAUAAUCUAUAAAAAGUUAAAAAUGAUAUUUAAUAAUAAUGA